CAGAGCCAAAUUCAACAUUUUUCACAUUAGACCAUUUGAACCGACAUAACGUCUUGGAGCACGAUGCUAGCCUGAGUCGCUCCGACGACUUCUUUGGGAACAACCAUGUCUUCAACGCCACCAUCUUCGAUGAGUCUCGUGCUUACUGGACCGGGUCGAUCCUUGAUGCGAAGAUGCUCGCGAACAGCAAGGUAGCUCGUCAAGUGACGUCCAGAUCCAAGAAUCCGGAAUAUAAAUUCACAGAGUCCAUUGAGUCCUUCAGCGUCGGUGAAUUAGCGGCCCCGAUCAUCGUGUUUGGGGACAUGGAGGCUGGAACAGUCCAGAAAGAUAUGGUCGAGUACUUUUUUGAGAAUGAACGGCUCCCGACUGAGCUAGGGUGGUCGAAGAAGACUGAGACUGUUACGAUGGGAGAAGUACUGCGCGCUGGCGGCGUCAUUCGUCGUGCCACCAGUCUGUUAACUUCAUCUGAAGUGACAGGGCAUACCUCCUUGAGACGAGGCCUGCAUGGCACCUGAGACCAGGGCGUUGGUCCGAAGUCUGAACACUUCACUUAUGCUUUGCGGAACGACUAUGUUACCAUGCACACUCAAUGGGAAUGGAAGAACGAGUUAGUCGGAAUUGGAGGUCGACAAGACAUGACAAAUGUUUCAGAUCUUGGCGGUUUCAACACCCAUUGUGUCAUAGGCAAAUGUAUGACUGAGUGAUUCAUGUCUCUUUUCAAUUUAUAAAGGUACAACUCUCCACCGCUCGUGGUAUUGAGAUUUCAUUGUUCGUGAAAAGAUACUUGGUUCGGUCUCAUUUUCGCAUGAUACACAUUUCUCCACAACGCUGAAAGGUC